GAUGGAGGGCUUCUCGACAAUUUGUUGGGACGGCGACGGCGAGUUGGGGUUGGGAAAUAUCCCAACUGGGUGAACCAGGCGUGGCCAUGUCAUCGCGGAUGCUGAGAAACGUGUGGCGGUGAGCGCGUAGGUCGGAUCACGUGGCCCGAUCGAAGGGCCGGGAGGCGACCGCCAGAGGAAGAUAUUUUUCUCAGGGGUUUUAGUUGCGCGGAGGAGCGGAUCUCUCAUCUCUGUGGGUUAUUUACCGCACAAGUGCGUAGAAGAAAGCGUCGGAGCGAGAUUUUUGUUCGAGAAAUGGGGAGAGGAGAAGAUAGUCGGAAAGAGGCGGAAGAGGCGGUUGUAGAAAGUGGAGAUGGGGAGGAAGAAGAGGAAAGGAUGGAGGAGAAAGGAGAGGAACUGAGAUGGGUAAAGCUCUUGCCGAGGAUGCCGGUGAGGGUGCUGCUCGUGGAAGGCGACGAUUCCACUCGGCAAAUCAUUGCGGCGCUCCUCAGGAAGUGCAGCUACAGAGUUGUUGCUGCAUCAGAUGGCUUAAAGGCAUGGAACACCUUGAAGGAGAAACCACAGAGUAUUGACCUUGUUCUGACUGAAGUUGACUUACCAUCAAUCUCAGGUUUUGGUCUUCUCACCUUGAUGAUGGACCAUGAUCCAUGCAAGAAGAUUCCUGUCAUAAUGAUGUCUUCACAUGAUUCUAUGAGCAUUGUUUUCAAAUGCAUGUUAAAAGGUGCAGCAGAUUUUCUCAUUAAGCCAAUUCGGAAGAAUGAACUUAGGAAUUUAUGGCAGCAUGUUUGGAGACGACAAACUGUAAGUGGAUCUGGGGAAUUACAUGAAAUUCAGGACAAUUGUGAGGUAAAGCAUAAUCUGAAAUCUCAUUCUGGUAAAAGAGAAAAUUCAGCUCAGUGCGUGACUAUUAUGCAAGCGAAUAAAGAAUGCAGUGAACAAGGGAGUGAUGCUCAUAGUUCUUGUACAAGGUAUGACAUGGAAGCUCAAAGUACACACAGGAAACAGGAGCUCCCAAUAGCAUCUGGUGCAUUCAUGGAUCAGAAUGGACAGAAUAUUCAAAUGAAAAACGUAUUCAAUCAUGAAAUUGCAGCCAAAGUGGACAAUGAAACUAAUGGCCAGAAAUUUCAUCAAGAAAGAACUUCCAAGGAUGUUGAGUUGGUUCAAGAUUCUAAUUGGCAGUCGACUUUUAUGCCUCACCUGGAGCUCUCUUUAAAGCGAUAUGAGGGACCCUUCUCUGAGAAGCAAGAAUGUGACAAAUCCAGUGCAUGGAACCAUUCGAGUUUGUCUGCCUUCUCACUGUACAAUAGUAAAACAGUCGCACCUACAUUGUUGCAGCAGAACAAUGGACUUAAUUCUAUUGAUCCUCCAAAUCAUCAGGGACACAAAAUCAAUGUGGAAGAUAUUAAUUCUCUCUCUGGCGGAUCUACAGUUCAAGAUGGAAGGGUAGUUCAAUGCACCCCCGUUCGAGUUGUCCCAUUUUCACUUCCAAUUGCAGAUGGGUCUUUGAGUUCUGGAUAUAGCAAAGCGUUCUAUCCGCAGGCAGGUCAACCUUUUUGGAAUCCCAGUACAGCAUCUAUAUGGCAGGAAGCAGCCAAACAAACUCACUCUUCACACCAACCUGACCAAGAAAAUCUUGACUCUAUCCAAGCUGACCUCGAUGUGGCUGAUGGUAGAAGUUCAUCUUACAGUUCGGCAGGAAAGAACGGUGAAAUUAUGGCGCUCGAUGAACAUAGGCAUGUUACAUCAGCAAAUGGAGAGAGUGCAGCUAGUAGCAUAUGCAAUACUGGCAGGAAUCAUCUCAAUGGCAGCGAAUGCGGGAGUGGUCUCAGUGGAACAAAUGUCUUCUGGCCGAUGACGGUGAGUGGAAAUGAUGAGGACAAACUUGCCUAUGAUGGAACAAAGCCAGCAGAUUGCCAUCUCUUAACCCAGAGAGAAAUGGCCUUGAACAAAUUUCGAUUGAAGAGAAAAGAAAGAUGCUUUGAGAAGAAGGUUCGCUAUCAGAGCAGAAAAUUACUCGCAGAACAGCGUCCUCGAGUGAAGGGCCAGUUUGUUCGACAAGAGAAGCUCAACACUCAACCAAGAUUAGCCGGUGCGUGUGAUUCGGCUGCUGCUGGAUAGCUUUGGCAUUCAAAAGAGCAACUAAUCACAGUAGAGAGAGGCUUCGAUAUAUAGUUGAUGGUUGGCCUAUGUAGCUGCACUAACGCUGUUGGGAAAGAUCUCAAAACUAAGUAGCCUGUGUAAUUCUACACUCUUGCUCGUUUGUUUACCUACUCUUUUGUCUGUUAUAUAUUUCCUUGUAAUUAUUAUUAAGUUCAUUACUUGCCUCACAACUCUUCACGCUUUAUUAAGUUCAGUUCAUAAAAUUCUUUGCUU